AUGGACCAUUCUCUCUUACCUAGCUUCCUUUACUCCUCUACCUCGUUGCCGCAGAAGAAGAUCGUGGACGAUGUCUCCACGUAUCACCAUGUUGCGACAGAUACUUCAAAGUUUAUGAUUCCUUCUCCCAGCGAAACUGGGAAAAGGAACAUAAAGAUGUUCUCUCGUGAUUACUAUCUUGCUUGCGCCGUUGGUGGAAGCAUAUGUUGUGGCUUCACUCACAUGGCAGUUACACCUCUUGAUCUUGUCAAAUGUAACAUGCAGAUUGAUCCUACCAAAUACAAAAGCAUCUCGUCUGGAUUUGGCGUGAUGCUCAAGGAACAAGGAUUUAGAGGAUUUUUCAGAGGAUGGGCGCCUACAUUUAUUGGUUAUAGUGCACAAGGUGCUUUCAAAUAUGGAUUCUAUGAAUAUUUCAAGAAGUACUAUUCAGAUGUUGUUGGUCCAGAAUAUGCUACAAAGUACAAGACAUUAAUUUACCUUGCUGGAGCAGCAUCUUCUGAGGUUAUUGCCGAUGUUGCACUUUGUCCAUUUGAAGCAAUUAAGGUUAGAGUUCAAACUCAACCCGGUUUCGCUAGAGGCUUUUCUGAUGGCUUACCCAAACUGAUCCGAUCCGAAGGAGUUUCAGGGUUGUACAAGGGAGUUGUGCCGCUUUGGGGAAGACAGGUUCCAUAUACAAUGAUGAAGUUUGCUUCUUAUGAAAACAUUGUUGAGAUGAUCUACAAGCAUGCCAUCCCCACACCAAAGGAAGAUUGCACCAAAACCCUACAACUUGGUGUGAGUGUUGUGGGAGGAUAUUUAGCUGGAAUAUUGUGUGCAGUCGUGUCUCAUCCCGCAGAUAAUCUUGUAUCUUUCCUAAACAGCUCCAAAGGGGCGACGGCUGCUGACGCGGUAAAGAAGUUGGGAUUAUGGGGUAUGUGUACACGUGGUCUCCCUCUUCGGAUUCUUAUGGUGGGAACUCUAACUGGUGCUCAAUGGGGAAUUUAUGAUGCAUUCAAAGUUUCUGUGGGACUACCAACCACUGGCGGUGUUGCUCCUACUCCAGCUUCUACUUCAUAG